CAUCUUAAAUUGCAAUUCAGUCCAACAAGAAAAAUCAGAACAAAAAUCUUUUCUCUCUUUUUGAGUUUUCCCAUAUAGUGAGUACACACUCCCACUGAGAAAGUAUGGACAUCUCUGCAUCUUUGUCUCUUCCACUGUUCCACACUAUUUUUCCCUUUGUCAUAGACAGAGAAAGAGUACUGAACACGGAGAGAGAGACAGAGAGAGAAAGGCAAAACAAAAGCUAAGGAAGAACAUUGACCAGAGAGACACCAAGAUAUCUUUUGCCAUUUUUGAACCAAAACCAGACAUGGGUUCUAAGCUAUUUCUCUUCUCUCUGCUUGUUCUCCUCAUGAUCCAAACAUGGGUGGUUUCUGCAAACGUAGAGCUGAGAGCACUCAUGGACAUGAAAGCAUCUUUAGACCCGGAAGGCAGGUAUCUCUCUUCAUGGAGCAUCCAUGGUGAGCCGUGUGAUGGUUCGUUUGAAGGAAUAGCAUGCAACGAGAAGGGCCAAGUAGCCAACAUCUCUUUGCAAGGAAAGGGUUUGUAUGGCAAGGUGUCUCCAGCUAUUGCCGGCCUCAAGCACUUGACUGGACUGUACUUGCAUUAUAACUCUUUGUAUGGAGAUAUACCACGUGAAAUAGCCAACUUGACUGAGCUUACCGAUUUGUACUUGAAUGUGAACAAUCUCUCCGGUGAUAUUCCUCCUGAGAUCAGUAACAUGGGCAGCCUGCAAGUGUUGCAGCUUUGUUAUAACCAGUUAACAGGAAGCAUACCCACCGAGCUAAGUUCCUUAAAGAAGCUUAGUGUUCUUGCUCUCCAAUCUAAUCAACUCACUGGUGCAAUUCCUGCAAGUUUAGGUGAUUUGAGUAUGUUAACGAGGCUAGAUUUGAGCUUCAAUCACUUUUUCGGUUCAAUCCCCCAAAAAUUAGCUGAUGCUCCUGUUCUGAAAGUUUUAGACAUUCGAAACAAUACUCUCUCUGGCAAUGUGCCUCCUGCUCUGAAGAGACUGAAUAAAGGAUUCCUAUAUGAAAACAAUCUGGAACUUUGUGGCGUUGGGUUUUACUCGUUAAAAGCUUGCAGUGCUUCAAGUAGCAUCAAUCCUAGUAGACCUGAACCCUUUGCAACGGGUACAACAAGAGACAUACCAGAGACAGCAGAUUUGCGGUUGCCUUGCAAUCAAACUCAGUGCUCAAAUCCAUCCAAAUCUCAUCAUGCAUCUGUUGUUGUUGGUGUAAUCGUUGGAACCAUAGCUUUAUUAGCUAUAGGAAUUCUGACCUUCACACAUUAUCGUCGCCGAAAACAGAAGCUUGGGAAUGCAUUUGAUGUUUCUGAUAGCCGUCUUAGUACUGACCAGGCCAAGGUGUUUUAUAGGAAGAAUGGCUCUCCUCUUAUUAGCCUUGAGUAUGCAAAUGGAUGGGACCCGCUGGCCGAUGGUAGGAAUCUCAAUGGAUUUUCUCAAGAAGUCUUCCAGAGCUUUAGGUUCAAUCUUGAAGAGAUUGAGACAGCUACUCAGUACUUCUCAGAGGUAAAUUUGUUGGGCAAGAGUAACUUUUCGGCGACCUAUAAAGGGGUUUUAAGAAAUGGGUCCCUUGUUGCUGUAAAGAGCAUCAGUAAAACUAGCUGCAAGUCAGAUGAUUCUGAGUUUUUGAAGGGACUAAGCAUUUUGACAUCCUUGACACAUGAGAAUAUUGUUAGGUUGAGAGGAUUUUGUUGUUCAAGGGGCCGUGGAGAGUGCUUUCUCGUUUAUGAUUUUGUUUCCAAUGGAAAUUUGCUUCGCUAUCUUGAUGUGAAGGAUGGUGAUGGCCAUGUCCUUGAUUGGUCCACUAGAGUAUCUAUUGUCAAGGGCAUUGCCAAAGGUAUAGCAUAUUUGCACAAGUACAAAGUGAACAAACCUGCUCUUGUUCACCAGAACAUUUCAGCUGAGAAGGUGCUCAUCGACCAGCUAUACAACCCAUAUCUAUCAGAUUCUGGCCUGCCUAACCUUCUUACCAAUGACAUUGUCUUCUCAGCCUUGAAGGCCAGUGCUGCAAUGGGUUACCUGGCUCCUGAGUACACUACCACUGGUCGAUUCACAGAGAAAAGUGAUGUUUAUGCAUUUGGGGUGCUUGUUUUACAAGUCCUCUCAGGGAAGCGGAAAGUCACUAGCCUGGUCCGACUUGGAGCUGAGUCAAGCAAAUUCCAAGAUUUUAUUGACCCAAACCUCCAUGGAAAGUUCUUUGAACAUGAAGCAACAAAACUUGCAAGAAUCGCUUUGCUUUGCACCCACGAGUCUCCUACUGAGAGACCAUCUAUGGAAGCGAUUGUCCAAGAAUUAAGUAACUUUAGUAGUUGUUUCUAAUUUCCAUUACUUCAGUUCUCAACCAUUGCCUGAACAAGUUUCUAGCAGGUAAUGGCGGGAUGAGGAUGAGUGCGGCACUAACUACUCACUGAUGAUGGAACUUUAGUAGUCUUCUUGCUGAGGACUAAGCUUUGUUGUUGAUGUAAUUUUAGGCAGGCUUGCUAAGCCUUAAAAGUGAAAAGGGGGGUUUUUUCAUCUGUGAUAUGAAACUGUAGCAACCUGAUAUUUUACCCUCCAAGAUUUAUGUAGACUUCUUAAUCAUUGUACAUCUCAGUGAAACUGAUUAUCUACUAGCUGUACUUCAUAUUUGUUGAGCCUUUGGA